GACGUUCGUGUACCUACCGCACGGACCCCUGCCGUAUGUACGGUACGACUUACUGUACGGUACUGUACAGCAUUUUUUACGGCACAUCCUUUCGGGGGAAAGCCCGCAAUGCCGUUUGUGUUUGGCCUUUCGGACCCGACGGAAUCGGAACGCAAUAGAGUGUGCAACACAUUGCUCUUACCGGUACUGUGUUCCGAGGCAUUCGAGCUGUGCCAUUCACCGCAGUCGCCUCCAGCGAGAAGACUCCGGGCCGCAGCAACCCCCGUGGACGCUUCGAGCCACACCCGGAAGAUUUCCCGCCCACCAAGCACCAACACACCACCAACACACCCAACGCAACCACCGUCGCCCUCGGUGCCGAUGGAGCCGGGGGAGACGGGCGGGUCGUUCGCUGGGUCCCCCGGGGCAGCGGGGACGAGGAAGGGAUCGCUGACACCCCCGGCUAGGCGGUGGCUCUCCGCUGCCGCCACCGCCGCCGGGUGGUGGUGGCUUUCCUCCCGGGCGGGCCCCCACGCCACCGCUGCGGCCUUUUGCGGGCCCCCUUGCCUCCCUUCCCGGUGGAGCCCCCCCCUUCUCGCCCUGGGCUCCUCCCCCAGGGGCUUUUUUUCCCAAGGGGACGCGGUCGACCGGUUCUGCCUCGAGCUGGGCUGCACCCCCGAGGAGUACGAGCGCACCAGGGAAGAGCUGCUCUCGCGAAAGGUCCGGCUGUCGAGGGAGCGUCUGGCGGUGGAGGACGAGAUCGAUCGCCUGGAAACCGCGGGCUGGGGAGGGGCGACGCCUGGUCUCCCGGAGAGGGGCGGGGAGCUCCUCUCGGGCACGCUCCGGGAGAAGCUCCGGGAGACGCUGGGAUCGGCGGUCUCCUCCCUCUGGUCCGGUUUCGCUGCCGCGGGGGCAAGGAUCGGCCACCAAAAGGGCGCCGGCGGGCAGACAAGGAUUCUCUCGUGGACGACCCACGGCCUUGCAGGGACCGGUCUUCCACCGAUCGCGGAGGGGGACGACGAGGGCCCCGAGCCCAUCGAGUUUCUCCGGGAGCUGCGAAAGGAACUCUCCGAGAGGGCCCUCGCCAUCCAAAACCUCCUGGCCAACCUGGAAUGGGUGGAGGACGGCCCGGGCGGCGGCGUUCCCGGGAGCACCAGCGACAAGGCCGGCGGAACGACCCUCCCGACGGCCCAGAAGAUCUCGGACAUUGUCGACCGGUACCGGGGGGUCCUGGACGCGGAGGGGAUCUCUCUGGCCGUCACCCUGGACGGAUUCGGCGGAUACGACGACGGAUACGGAUACGACGACGGAUACGGAUACGACGACGACAACGACGACGACGGGGAGGAAUACGGUGCCGACGGUGCCCCCCACCCACCGGACCUUCCACCGACGCCCCUUCAGUUCAUGGUGCGUGGUGUUGCUGGCUACCGAUCGGGGACACCGGGACGAUUUCUGCCGGUUGUGCCACCGGCUGGCGUUGCAUCUCUUUUGCUCGCGUGUUUCUUUCUCUGGUGCUUUCUUUCUUUCUUUGCUCAUUCCUUCCGUGCCUUUCUGCUCUGCUCUGUGCAUCGUGCCGCUGUGGUUCUCUGAACACUUGUUUUUGGCUUGCGCCACACACCAGAAACAGUGCGUUUCCGAGCUCGGGACGGCCGCAAGCACCGGGGAGGACGACGGCGACGACCGCAGCGAGGAAUGGGACGAAAGGGUCGAUCCCGACACGACGGGAGCCCUUAACUGGUUCGGAAGGGACCGGAUCGAUGCCAACCCGUUCAAUCUGUGAUGUGAUGCGGACCGAUUCGGUCUACAAUGUUCUAUAGAGUGAAGCUACCGGCACGAAAGGGAUCUAGUGCUUUCCUUCCUUCCUUCCUCGAUCGAAUCCCUGGUCAUUUCUCCUCCCACGAUCGAAUCAUGGGUUGUUCUGCCACCUGGGAGGAUACGAUAGGAUCCGUGCCGACAGCAAGGGAGGUAGGAGGCGCACUGAUAGAGAGCGAGAGAGAGAGACAGCGAAGCGUUUUGGAACAAUGUUUCUAUCGAGGCCUUGGUUCCUUUUGUGUUUUUGUUUUGUUUUGUUUUGCCGUUCGUGCAUCUCGGCACCCUCCCCCCCCCCUCGAUCGGUGGCCUUUCGAAUGAAACGCAACGCAACGCAACCGCCGUUCCUCGUUUGGGUUCGUUGUUCCCCUCCGCGCUUGGUUUGUCCGGUGUAGGCAGCGAUGGAAGGAUCGAACCGCCGAGUCGUGCCACAAACCGUUCCGGGGUAGGCUGUCUGUUUGUGGCGAGGCAGCAAGCGAAACGUCAAACCAAACCAAACCAGAUCACACCAAACGAAGCUCCGCCACCAUCGAAGACAGGGAAUCGGGCACUACCCAAACGGGAAGAAUUUCCAUCGACAAUGGCAGCAGCAAAUCAUUCGGACGGCAUUUUCUGUAUCCCAAGCUGUGAUCGAAAAUCUAACGACUAGCGAUUCGCUAUGUUAGCCAUAUACUGUACAGUAUUCGUAGUAUGUACAAUGCGUACGGUACGGUACUUUAGUGGUUACGCGUUCUGACGUGACUAGUGACUCUGUUACUGUACAGUACUAUCAUACGCUUCGUAUGUACACCAAUAAUUACUUUUUUGGAACGAAUUUUAAAUCUUACGUAAGUACUCGUGUGACUCGUAGUACCGCACAGUAUGUUGUGACGAGCUACGAAUGAGUACGUACGUACAAGGUAUCUACGGUACCGUACAGCAUACAGUACGACUCAUAGCAAGCUUCGCUUCCGUCCCAUCAACUCCGACCGAAAAUUGGCCAAUCCCAUUGCGCCGAUCCAUUUCUCGGUUGCGCCACGCAAGCUACCGAGUGACCCACCAAGCAUUGUCCGUAGGAAUUCCUACGAGCCACACUUGUUUUUUGUUUCUUUCAAACGUACUACGAAUACGGAAGCCUUCCUUUCGUGCGGUAUGUUUUGAGUAUGAGUACCGGUACGAGUAUGCUUCGGUUUGCUAUUUGUUGUUUCGUUCUCCCUUUUUUUCUUCUCGUGCAACCAACCCAGCUUGUGUCGAAGUCACCCGUGGCAAUUCAAACGAGGCGGAUACGGGAUCAUUGGUACGGUACCAGUGGGUCGUGGGAUCGGAGACAGCUUCCUCCUGCCGAGAAGAGCCAACCAACCAUCCCACCAAUUCAAAUCAAACGAAACGGAACAAGAAAGCAAACAAACAAAGCUCAUUUUCUCGAAGAAAGUCUCGUGAGAAAGCAACAAGAAAGAACACACUCUGCGUCGCAUUCCCAAUCCUCCCGUCCGGAAUCGAAGGAAACUACAAUGGACAGGACCACGGCAAAAGCGGCGGCAUCGGAGGGCAGCAGCAUUGCCAUCGAUGAUGGUCUUCGUGUUCCCGCUGCAACGGGUGCUGCCGCCGCCAACGAAACAGAAACAGAAACGGAAGCGCAAUCGAAGCAUCUUCGCCCGAAACACGCAGCGCACAGCGCGAAGCCCCACAAACACCGACAAAAGACGGGAGCCCCGGAUGCGGCGCUGGGGGCAGGCGAAGUCGGCAACGCAACCGCCAGCACCAUCGGCAACGACGACGACGAUGGAUACGAUUUCGACGCGCUCCUGGCGGCUUCCAGCGUCGUCGAGGACCGGUGGGCCCCCCAGGACUCGUGGAGCAUCGCUCCCAGCAAGGCGGUGGCCCUCGGGGAGGCCGGCGAACCCCUGCUGGUCUCCCACGAGUGCGUCCUCGGCCUGGCGGACUUUUUCCAGCACCCCCACCGGGGCCGGAACGCAACGGAGCUCCUCGCGGUGGCGACCGAGAGCUCUUCCCACCUCUCGGGGAUUUUCUCGCUGAACGCCCAGCCCUGGGUCUACGCCGGGGGCGGCCUGGGGAACGUCGACGAGUGUCUCUCGCUCAACCGCCGCAUCGGUGUCGGUAGCGAUAGUGGUGUCGGUGGCGGCGUCGACAGCGAUGGCAGCGGCGGCGACGCGCUGGUCCACGUCUGCCUCGCGGGGGGGACCAGCCGCGACUCGCUGACCUUUGCCUCGGCCUGCGUCGUCUCGGCCUGCUCGGCCCGGGACGUCCUGGCCGACGACUUUCCGGAGCGGGUGGCCACGGCGGGGUUCCGGCCCGGGGAGAGCAAGGCCGGGAUCGGCAAAGAGCACGACUACGGAUACGACGACGACGACGACGACGCGGCCUUUCGGGAGCUCCUGCACGAGUACGUUUCGCUCCACAGGCGGAUCGCCACGGUGGGGGAAUACCUCGGGACAGGCUGGGUCUGCGGGGAGUACGCCGUCGACUGGGAGGUCCUCCCGUCGCUGGUGUGGUGCGGGGCCAUGGGCCUCUGCCUUUUGCUCACGGCAAUGGGGACCUGGUGUGGCUUUGGGCCGGGCCGAUGGACGGGGAAAAAGGCCUUUGGGCGGGACAUCGAAGAGGAACAGCAGAGCCGUAGCCGAUGCGGAGAAAACGACGACGAGACCUCCGAGGGAUCCUCGUCGUCAUCGUCCUUGUCCUCCUCGCCGGGGAUGUCUUCCUCGUCUUCCGAUUGCUCAUCCGUCGGGGAUGUCUACAGAAACCGGGAAUCCCAAUCCCAAAGGCGGCGAGACACCUUUUGGUCCGCCUGGGACGCGAGGGCCCACCUCGGCCGUCUUUCCCGCCGGCCCAACACCGCAACGGCCUGCCUCGACGGGCUCCGGGUGGGGAGCAUCCUGUGGGUCAUCGGGGCCCACGUCAUGGCCAUACAGUCGUCCACCGGUGGCGGGUACCUCAAUCCCGGCAACUUUUUGCCGCCGAGGGGCUUCACCACCACCCUCCCCGGACAGCUCCUGUUUUCCUCGCGGUACGCCGUCGAUACCUUCUUGUGCAUCAGCGGGUACCUGGCGGCCUACGUGCUGCAGCGGAAGCUGCCGGCCCCCACCAACGGAUCACCAGGGGGACGGACACGAACGGCCCUGAAGGUUUUUGCCGCGAUCUUCUUUCGGAUAUUGCGGAUCCUCCCCCUCUACGUGUGCUGCCUGGGGUUCUGGAUGUUCCUGGCCCCACACCUGGGCCACGGACCCUUUUKGUACCAGUGGGAACACUUUUUGGAGCCCUGCCGGCAGCUCUGGUGGACCAACCUGCUCUUUGUCAACAACUUCUGGCCCUGGGGGGCCACCACGGAGGCCAACUGCUUCUACCACUCGUGGUACCUGGCCGUCGACGUCCAGCUCUUUUGCCUCUUUGCCCCCUGGCUGGUCCUCCUCUUCCGGCGGUCCGUCAGGGCGGCCCGUCUGGCAACCGUCGCGCUUUGGGUCUUUUCGGUAGCCGGGACGGCGGUCCUGGCCUACACCCAGGGCUGGAGCGUCAACUCCUUCGACGGGAUCUCGGUCGCCCUCUUCGACGUCGAGGGCUACGCCAAGCCCCACGUCCGGGCCCAGUCGUACCUGGCGGGCAUCCUCGUCGCCUUUUGGCCGCGGAGGAAGACCGUUGGGAGCAGCGGCAGCGCCCUCAUGCUGCUGGUCCUGGCCGGCCUGUUUGUCUUGUGCUUCGUUACGGUAACGGGGGCCUACGCCCGUCGGGCCUGCACCUUCGGGGAGUCCCCCCUGGAGGGGGACGACUGCGGGUCCCUCUGGAGCCCGGCCGCCAACUUUGUCUACACGGCCUUUGGACGGGCGGGCUGGUCCGUCUGUAUCGCGCUGCUCCUGCACCUGUGCCUCGGGAGCGACUCCACGGACGGAAGCAGCGGAAGCGGUUCGGCGGAUUCGCCCCCGGAGGCAAACGCGGAUUGCGGCAGCAGGUGCGAGAGCCACCGCCCCUCGCUCACGGGCCUCGUCGGGGGGGUCCUGUCCUGGGGCCUCUGGACCCCACUGGCCCACCUCUCUUUCGGGGCCUACCUCAUCCACCCGAUCGUCAUCUACGUCUGGUACCUGGGCGGCCGCGAAAAGAUCAGCUUCCGGAUCUCCACCUACCUGAUGGAGUUUUGUUCCAUCACGGUGGUGACCUUUUGCCUCUCGCUCCUGGUGACGGUGCUGGUGGAAUUCCCCUUUGGGGUCCUGCUGCGGCCGCCGGCACCCCGAAAGCGGAAACCACCCGAGCUGGGAACCCCCCGGAUUCACGGGAACGACGGAGAUACCGAGCUGAGAUCGCUGCUGGGGGUCGACACGUCGUCGCCGUCGGUCUUUGCAACGCCCACGCAGUCCUAUGGUUCCGUGCCUCGAUAGCAUAGCAAUUCUGUCUCACGAGACACGACGAUGCAGGAUCGAUCCGCCGUCUCUGGUUGUUUUCCGUUUCAUCUAGCGUGGAUAAGUGUGGGUGUUUUCGAGCGAUAGUUGUCUCUAUCGAAAUGGAAGUGCUUGUAGCGAUACACAAUAGUGGCAAAUAAUACAAAAUGUCUGUA